AAUUUAGUUCAAGCAAGUUGUUGGGCAGCCGAAGGGGUCUGUUUUUGUUUUUUUGAUUUAGAAAGGCACGUUUUUAGGCAGUCGACGGGGUCCUUUGUUAAUUUAAUUUAGGUCAGGCAUGUUGUUGGGCAGCCGAAGGGGUCUUUUGCCAUUCGUCAACAUGAAUUUUCACACGCACGCAAGUUUUUAUUUUUAUUAAAAGAGAAACAAUACGCAGAUGACAUCAGGCGAAUUGAAAGAAGAGGAAGGCCGAGAUGGGACAGGUCGGGUGAAGGACGUUUGGGGGUGAGGAGGAGGAGCGGUGGGGGGUGAUGGGGUGAUAUUUAAGCCACUGUCCCUCUCUGUCCUCAUCGUCUCCGCCUUGGCUCCCUCUGCACCUCGUCAAGAAACUCUGAGGUCCUCCGCCAGCAUGUCCAAGGAGCCCUCUUCCAACCUGGAAAGCGCCAUGCAGAUGCUUAUCAAAACCUUCCACAAGUACUCGGGCAAGGAGGGCGACAAGUACACACUGAGCCGGGGUGAACUCAAGGAGCUUUUGCUGGAAGAGCUGGGAAGCUACUUAGGGAACUCCAAAGACAACGAGGCAGUGGAGAAAGUCAUGAACGACCUGGACGCCAACAACGACGGCGAGGUGGACUUCACCGAGUUCAUCAUCCUGAUGGGCGCCCUCACCGUGGCCUGCAACGACUUCUUCUUGGAGUUCAAGUCGGACGACAAGCCUAAAGGCUGCGAGUCGGCCGAGUAGGAGGAAAGAGGAGGGGGAGGGGGAGCAGUGGGUGGAAUAGGUUGUAAAUCACAGAUGAGGAACAUUUUCUGGGGCCUUACGCAAUCUUUAACCAACACCGUGCAUUUCUUCAUAAAACAGCACGUAGCAUCAGACAUACGUCACUGUAUGUACAAUUUGCCCAGAGUCUUUACUUGGCUGCACUUUGCCCUCAGUCUUCCCCCAUCAGCUUUUAUAAAAUCUUUCUUGUGCUGUAAAGACAAGAAACUUUUUGCACGGGACUAGAAUGUCAACCUAAGAUUGAAUCGUGGCAGAUUAUAUUAUUGUGUUGAGCACUGGAAUCUUCCCCACCCCCUUCUUGUGUCUUUUUUGUAAUCUUUUUUUUUUUUUUUGGUAAUGACUCAUGCAUUCUUUCCAAUUAUUAAAUGUGAUAUUUAACCCAA